UAUAUAUAAAUGGAGGAAUACUAAGUAUUUUUUAAAGCAAAAUUUAGUGAAUAUCAAAAAAAUAAAGUUGAUAUCUCAAGAGAAGAAAUGAUGAUUGAAAUAUCAGAGAUGUGGGAGUAAUAUAAAAAGGAGAAUGAUUAAAAAAAUAUAGAUGGAAAUGAAUAAUUAUAUUUUCAAAUCUUUGAUUUUCUUCUUACAUGUAGAUAAAAAGAAUAUGAAAAACAAUAAUUGGAUUCAAUUAAUCAUUAAGCAUCUUAACCAAGCUAUUAGAAGAAAAAAAAAAUUUUAGCUCCAACAAUUCAAAUUUCAUAUUGUGCAAGUGAACCUAAAUUUAUUAUUGAAGCUCGAACCAUUGCUAUGGAAAUACUCAAAGAAUUCAAAGUAAAUAUAGUCAAAAGCCAAAUACAUCAUUCUUCAAAAAAUAUUUCUGUAGUUUUAUAUUAAGAAACCAAAAAUAUUGAAUUAUGGUCUUAUUUAAGAGAUGGACCUUUAGAUUAUUCGAAAAUAUUAAAUUUAAUUGCAAAAUACGUUUAAAGAUUGUGA